GUCCGUGGUUAACAGUUAUCACAGAACACGCACAAACACACACGCAUUCGAUAAUGUCAUUAUCACCGUUCGGUGUUAAAAAAAAAAAAAAUCAUUAAUAAAUAAAUAAAUAAUUAAUUAUUCCCAGAAGAUUACGCACGCACGCACACGUACGUGGCGUCCGACCAAUUGGAUCGACAUUCGUGUUUAAUUCACCUGCACCGUACUCUCCUCAUCCAGGUUUGGUGUCGGGUAAGCGCACGACAACAAUAAUGUAUUAUAGAACACUUGCGUUCCGUCGGCGAUGAUAACAUGCAAUAAUCUGCAGUGGUCGCCGCCGCUUCCGUUCGAUCUCUGCGUGUGUGCGUCUCGCGGAUUUACGCGCGCGUUCGCAACCCUUGUGCCGUCGCUCUGCUGGUGGUAACCCACCGGUGAUGUAACUAACCCACGCCUAUACGGUAAUCUGCUCAGUGUUUGUUGCCCUACAUCGCGAUCGUUGGUGGCGUUUUCUUAGGACGUGCUACGACGAAAGCAAGUAACUGUGCUUUAUCAGUGAGAGCAGCAAAUAUCAUGAGAAAAUCAUUGUUAUUUUAAGCCGCAGCUGUUGUGACGAGCUGUUCAUAUAAAACUGUUAAGUAGCAGUUUUCAUAUAAUUUCAUUUGUGCAUUACAACAUUACCAGAACUGCUAAAAUGAAGGUUUUGGUACUGUAUGAUUUUGUGGGUGAACCUGGCUCAUCAGAACUGUCGGUGACUGCAGGGGAAACUCUUUUUGUUAAUAGACAAGAUGUAGGUGAAGGCUGGUGGGAAGGCACAAAUUCUGCUGGCCAGACAGGUCUAUUUCCAGCUGCUUAUGUUGAGGAAAUAAAAGUUAGGGACAACAUCAUGGAUGAAAGUAAACCACCACCAGCUUUGCCACCUCCACCAUUACCACCUACAACUGAUCCUUGGACUGUUGACGAACAACAAAAUGAUUACUAUUCACAUGUUCCUAGCAGUCAAUAUCAGCAGUCACCUGAUGAUUUUUACGAUGAUGAGUGGGAUGACGAUUCAGAAUAUGGUGGUAGCAGUACUGUUACAUCAUCUGCAAUAGUUCCUUCAUCUACUCAGUAUCCAGCGAUUGGGUCUAAGGCCUCUAUGAUGAAAACUGCUGGCAAGCCAGCUACUACUACAAGUAACAGUUCACGGUUUUCUAAGUCAGUUGGUGGUGGAGAUGCAUCAUAUAUUAUGGGUGCCAUUCAACCAUCUAUCCCAAUUCCUGAUACAGAACAGAUUACAAUUGUUGUACGUAGUGGUACUAGUAGUGGACCCAUGGCAGUAGAUGUGGAAUGGCGCCGUGAUCUUGAUAAUGAACCGCAUGGAUACCAGUGUAUUGUAGCGUCUCCUAAGAAGGAAUCCAAACUCAAAGGCCUUAAGUCAUUUAUUGCCUAUCAAAUCACUCCAACGUUCAACAAUAUUCAAGUUUCUCGAAGAUACAAACACUUUGAUUGGCUGCAUGAACGACUUUUAGAUAAAUAUUGUUGUUUAGUGCCUAUUCCACCUUUACCUGACAAACAAAUAUCAGGUCGGUAUGAAGAACAUUUUAUUGAACGUCGUAAACAGCAGCUUCAGGCAUUUGUAGAUGCUGUUUGCCGACAUCCAGUUUUAUCACGAAGCUGGGUAUGGCGCCAUCACUUUAUAACGUGUACAGAUGAGAAACGUUGGAAAACAGGCAAGCGAAGAGCUGAAUCACGUAACACAAGUGCUGAAACACUCACUGGAGCUAACAUAUUUUUUGUAAUCCAGGCCAUAUCUGCUGAUGGAAGUGAUCAAGCGCCUCCUCCUAUCAAUCAGGCUUUAUUAGAUCGUGAAGUGGAUGGAUUUCAAAAAUUCAUAUCUGGGCUUGAUGGAGCUCUUAAAAAUAUGGCUCAGACAGUGUCAGAACAAACAAAACGCAUACAAACAUGUUACAAACGGGACGCACAAAGGAUAGGUCAAUCAUUUUAUACGCUGGGUCACGCUUAUAGUGGUGCAUCAUCCACAUCUACAGGAGACACUAGUGGCAGUGGCAAUGCUAUAAGCUUGACUACCAGACAAUUAAUGACUGCAUUAAAAAAAACUGGUGAUGCUUUUAAUGAGAUGGGCGGUCGGCUGAUGGAUGAGCUACCCGUUGCUGGUUGGGAUUCAUUUGCUGAUAUGUUGCAUGUAUACCGAGGUGUUGCAUCUGCAUUCCCAGACAUACUGACUAUGCACAAAAACGCAUUGCAAAAAAGGAAAGAUUGUGAGCGACAGUAUUCGGAAGGCAUUCCUAUUGGUGGUGGUAGUAGUGAGGGAACUGGAGGAUCCAGUAGCGGUGCAUCAUCAGUUGGAUCUAGUAGUAGUGCGACCAUGGCAACUUCUGAUCCAGAGCAACAGCGACGAUUAUUAAGAGAAGUGCAACGUCGUACUGACCUAGUAUCAUAUUCUCUGUUAGCUGAAAUAAAUCAAUUUCAUCGGGACCACGUAUUAGGUCAAAUGGCUGGUCAUGUACGUCAAUUAUUAAAAUAUCAAAUAGAAUUUUAUCGCAAGAUUGCUGACAAUUUAGAAAAUGUCUUACUAAUGUAUCCAGAUGAUGAGACUUUUGGAGCUGGUGUUGACCAUCAUUAUGAACAACAUUAUAACCAAGGAGAUAACUCCUCUUAUCAUCAAUAUUAUACAAAUCAGUAGUAAUAGUAGUAAUAAUAAUAGUAAUAAAAGUAUUAAAUAGACUAAACAUGGCAAAUUGUAUUACACCUCUAUUAUUUUACAUUUAUUAAAUAUAUUAGUAAAUAUGUUAUCAGAAUCUAUAUAAUGUUAAAUCUUAUACAUUUUUGAUAAAUUAAUAUCGGACCAAAUAUUAGCUAAAACGACUGUUAUUAAUCCUAUCAUGUAUAUUAAUU